UUUGCCCAAAAAGCCCAUGUGUUGUGUACUUUAUGAUGGCCAAAGCAAAUUAAAUGGUUGCUAUGGUAAUACGACGAACCUUACAUUCACAUUGUAAGUUACAAGAAUUAAACGUCACGUCCGUACACCUACUUGUGCUUGCAAUUUGGCUUUAAUGGGGUGUUUGUGUCGCAACUUUGACUGGAAUGUAGCAGCAGCCAUGGUUCUUUUUCCAUCUCUUCUCAAUGGAUUUGCAAGAAAGAAAAGUUGUCCAAACGAUGAUGACAAUGAUGAAAGGAAAGCCGUGAAAGCACUCGCGAAGGAAGCAAGGAAGAAUGGCUUGUUAUUGAGUUCAUCAGGAACUGUUAAGUCUUCCAAAGCCAACAACUUUGCCUCAAUUUUCACAAAGAAGGGCCAGAAAGGAGUCAAUCAAGAUCGCCUUAUUGUUUGGGAGGAAUUUGGUUGGCAAGAAGACAUGAUAUUGUGUGGAGUUUUUGAUGGACAUGGCCCUUGGGGACACUAUGUGUCCAAAAGUGUCAUGAAACUUGUCCCUGCCUCUUUGCUAUGCAAUUUGAAGGAAAAUCUUGCUGCAACAUCUCUUGACCUGAAUUACAAGAUGGAAGCAGAUAGGAGGAACCACCAUGAAUUUGACAUAUGGAAGCAAGCAUGCAUAAAGACUUGUGCUGCUGUUGAUCAUCAUCUAAAGCAGAAUACUGGGAUUGAUUCCUUUCAAAGUGGUACUACAGCUUUGACAGUUAUCAAACAGGGUGAAGAUCUGAUUAUAUCAAACUUAGGAGAUUCAAGGGCAGUAUUGGCAACAACUUCAGAUGGUGGCACACUAAGUGCCCUUCAGCUUACAACUGACAUGAAGCCAAAUUUACCAAAGGAGGCAGAGAGGAUAAUGGAAUCAAGAGGGAGGGUGUUUUGUCUAGAAGAUGAGCCAGGAGUGUAUAGGGUGUGGAUGCCAAAUGGUAAAACACCAGGACUUGCAAUAUCAAGAGCGUUGGUUUUAUUUAACUAUUAUUUAUUUAUUUAUUUUUUAAAAUUAGCUUUACUAAUUUUCACCAUCUUUCACUUAAAGCUAAUUUUGGUAUUAAAAGUCUCAUGA